CCUGUCGUCCUGUCCACGCCCUCAGCCAAACCCUAGCACUCGGUCGCGCACAGGCACAACGCAGCGCAGUCGCGCCGUCGGCAUUCAGCCGUCGCGGACUCGCCGCCCACCCAGGUCCCAGGCUGGGAGAGUGGCAGACACCCACUCCGCCACUCGUCCUCAGCCACCGACCACCGUCCGUGGUUCCCCGUUCGCCACCGGCCACCGCCAGUCCACCACCCCCCCGGCGCGGCGGCGCCCCUCCUCCUCCCACACAGCACACAUGCGCACGGCUUCAGCUGCAGUUCAUGAACACGACUGAAGGAUUGCAAUGGUUCUGUUUUUUCUGAAUAGCACCAUGCCAGGACUGCCAUCCGAGAAGGAGUCGAUACCCAACCUCAUCUUGCGAGGCUUUGGCACCAUCGACCGUGUGAAGGCGAAGCUGGAGCAGGCCUGCCCUGAAGUGGUGUCAUGUGCCGAUAUCUUGGCUCUGGUAGCAAGGGACGUCGUUGUACUGACCAAAGGGCCUCACGGGGAUGUUCCAAUCUGGCGGAGAGAUGGUAGAAGAUCGGUGAAGCAAGAUGCACUGGACAACCUCCACGCGCCCUUCUUCGAUGUUGGUCGGAACAUGUGCCAGUUCUUCAUGCCCAAGGGCCUCAACGCCAAGGACCAGAUUGUUCUGCUAGGCGUGGGCGUCUGCCGUGUGCCGACUACUGUCUGGUGGCUGGUGUCCAGCGGGGUGGAAUCCGGUGGGGGCGUCAGGUCGGACUCCGGUGGACGGAGGGACGCAGUCCGGUGGCCGACGGGCUGGCAGGUGGAGCUCGACGCGUCGCGCGGGACAGGGACGGGGCGAACGACGGAACAGGCAGAUGACACUCGACGCCGACAGAAGCUUGGCGGCCGUGGCUCGGGGGUCGGGACUCGGGGCUCGGGCAGACCGCAGAUGGCCUCACGGCCAGCCGACCAGGCACAGCGGCGUCGCGGCUUAACGUGGGUGAGCAGGUGAGGCUUCAGGCGGCGACUGUGUUCUGGAGACCUGAGGGAGUGAGGGUUAGCGAUGGAUUGGCUGGGACUUGGAGCCGCUUAGGCUGGGCCGGCGGACCUGCUAAUUUUUUUUGGUAUGGCUUGGGCCAUAAUGGGCCCUCCGCCCCUGCUUGUAUGCAAAUGUAAUAUUUUUGAUUGUCUGCUGGUUAUAUAUAUAUAUCUGUCUGUGCUGAAAAAUGGAAGCAAAACGUCUCAUUUUUUUUUUGCAAUUUGGCUCUUUUUUCGAAACAAUUUCAUGUUUGGACCCCUGAAUAACUUAAUGUCAUUUUUGGACCCUUUACUCGGCGUCAUGGCUCAUGGCGCUGAGGUAACACAUCUCGGCGCCAUGGCCUAUGGUGCCGAGGUAUCUAGUGCGCUGGCGACUCAGAUGGUGGCCUAGCACGCUGAUGUGGCCUAGCUCGGCGCCACAGAUCGUGGCGUCGAGCUAAGAGAUGGCUUCCGCCGUGUAAGCAUAACUGGCAUUGGCAGGUACAAGAUUAUUGAUUCUCGUGCUGAAAACAUCCAUUUGAGACUUUGGGUCACAUCAAAUGGAACGGGAAAAAAUAUCACGUUAACAAAUGCAUAGAAGUUAAGGCUUUGUUUGGGAGUAAGUGGAAUGAAGAGAAUUGAGGUGACUAGAAUCCCUCACUAUUUAAAAUUGAAUAGUAGGGGAUUCUAGCUCCCUCAAUCCCCUCCAUUACUCUUGCUUCCAAACAAGCCCUAAGAGAAACGAAAGCAUACAUGGUCCUAUCUCCCUCAUUAAAAUAAGCAUUCACAACUUCAUUUAGAUCGUGACCAUGUUCCUGAGUAAAAAAAAUCGGCUAUCCGUUGUAGCUGAUGAGUCGAAAAGGCAAUCAUAUUUGUAGUAAACAAUGAUUAUGUGUAAUAUCUGCUUCUUCAGUCAUACUACUUGACGAAGAAUAACUUAUUAUUUAAUGAAGUUAAAACCACUACGGGUUAAUAUGCCACACACUGAAUAGUAAGUAUUUCCUUAUUUUAAAUAACAUUCUUUCCGUAUAACUGGCUUGAACAACUGACGGAUAGAAAACAUUUAAUAUUCAACAAUAAAAUACCAUUGUGUCAUUGUGUGGCUGGAUUGGAUUGCUCUGCGGCUGCGACAAAAAGUGGAACCAACCAUCAUUGCAUGCAUGCAGAUGCUUGAUGCUUUUGGUCAUGACUCAUGAGAGAGAAUGGUCAAUGGUGUGUGUAUGGCUGUGCACAUGCAGAUGCACUUAGUCUGUUGGACGCGGGGACCUGAAUUAACCGGUUGGCUGUUGUGUGUGUGCGAGUCAAGCGUUUGAAGUGUUGGCAGGGAGCUCGGCGCCAUGAUCUACGGCGCCGAGCUCGGACAUGUAGGCGCCAGCAAAGCAUAAGGGGUCCAGGGCAUUCAGUAUCUUGGCGCCAUAAGUCAUGGUGUCGUGACGUGUUACCUCGACGCCAUGACCUAUGGCGCCGGCAAAUGGUCUAAAAACGACAUUAAGUCGUUCAGGGGUCCAAACGUGAAUUUGUUUCAGAAAAGGGCCAACUUGUAAAAAGUUCGGCAAAAUGUCCAGGUCUGUGGCCCUGUCGUGUUUCGGGUCUCCUCGGGUUCGAGUCUGGGUCUAGGGCUUUCCCAGUAAUAUAAUUCAUGUUUUCGUCGGGUCUUUAAUUCGAGUUUUGGGGGCGGGUCUGCGGACGCUGCACCUGACUCGAACCCACACCAUUGCCAACUCUAGAAAGUGACUAAGGCUUCUGCCAAAAGUCACGAUAUGCCGUUUGACCAAGGCCGUGAGGCGAAGGAAACCAUAAAAAAAACCAAGCAAACUAGAAAAUGCGUGAAUCAACGAACACGUAAACUACCCCAUAACAUCAGAAGGGAUUUGCCAAAAAAAAGUUUAAGAAACGUUUGAAAUCAUUUCGAAUUUAUGUCUCAAGAACUCACGGUUGUCUUAAAUCUUAUGCUUGUUCAAAUAUUGUAGACUUCAAUGUACUUAAAGGAAGCGCAAAAUUCUAGUAACAAGCUGACGUGCCCUUACUAAAUUUGGUUGGAGAAGGAUCCUUAAUGGCCUCUAGGUAAGGGUUGACUUUUGGGGCAACACCUCACUUUUGAUUGAGGUAGUCUUGGCUCUCAAAGAUAAGAGAAUGUCUUUUGUGGCAUCUUUUGCGCCAAUGAAACAACAUUCAUAACAUCCAUAGAGCUCCGGAUUCUCUGAACAUUCAACUGAUCUUUCAUCUUCUCAAUAAACUUCUUAAACUUCAUCGUGUGCAUGUGCUCCAUCCGCAUCAUCCUCGUCACCAUCUACUUCCUCUUUGGCCUCUUUCUCCACUGGGUCUGCUUCUUUUUCUUUAUUAUCUGUUCGCUCCUUGAUUUCUUCAUCUUCUUCGAUUUCUCUGUCUUCUUUAUCUACUUCAGGAUAUCAAUCCUCUGAUAGGUAAGUAAAAAAAGAUGAGAGCCUUCAUCUCCUCCCCUCUCUGCAAAUUCAUGCAAUUUCUUACAUUGCUCCCUUCUCCCUUAUCGUUUUCUCGACCGCUUGCUGCCUGCUUUAAGCCUUUCAGAGAAUUUCAUUCUAUUAUAACAGUCGUCUGAAUCCUCAAUCAUUGGAGGAUUCUCCUCAUCUACACCUUUAGUACAAGCAUCUCGUAGAAUAAUCCUGAUCUCUCUGAAAACUGCUAUUGAUGUUCUUACGUUAACACCUUCAAGAUCUUCUAUCCAUGGAGUAGCUAACCCAGCAAGUAUGUUUUUAUAUUUUUCAUGCUCUUUUUUUCAAUAAUACCCAUAUUCUCGGACCCAGAAUGAGUUUUUUCUAUUUAGAACUGACCCGGAUGAGUUUUCGACUAUGACAUCCAAUGUAGGCUGGUCAGAAGUCAAAAAUGAUCUGCAAACUGCAUUGUAGACACAUUGGAUACGUGCUGUCUCAGAAAUAUGAACUACGAAGAUUCCAAUAGCACGUUUGAUAUCCCUGGACUUUUUUCUUGGCAAUUGUAUAGACUCUCAAACGAAUCUCUUAGAGCAUCAGGGCCCAUCCUAGUUUGCCCAACGUCCGUAUCUGGAUUGAGAAACCUAUAGUUCUCUGCAAUAUAUAUAUAUAUAUAUAUAUAUAUAUAACAAUGACAUCUUAUAGCAUUUAACUUUCUAUUUCAAAUGUUCCAUACAUUCCACCCCUCCAACCCUUAAAAUACAGGUUUCUUCCCGCCAGUAACAAAGUAAUAUAUCGCUGCUUAUACUCAAUGGUAAGAAAAAAUGUUCCACCCGCUGGAGUGGUAUAGAUCAUGCGAUCAGGAUCACAAAUUUUUGAUAUGUCAAAAUGUAAGCCAUAUUUUAGCCAUCAUGCACGGAUGACCUCAAUCCCACACCCAACAUUUUUUAGAGAAUGAUUUUCAGUUCCAUCAUCAGAUUUAUCUAAGUAUAUGGUGGCUUUUUUACUCACUUCUAUAUCCUUGAUGAUCUGAAUCGAUCGCACCUCAAACAAAAGACCAUCUAACAGAUCAGUUAUUUUCCAGGUUUUCUAAAAGAUGAAUAUAGUCAAUAUGUCUUUUGCUUAGAAAACCUGAAAAAUAUUUGAUCUGUUAGAUGGUCUUUUGUUUCAGGUGCGACCGAUUAAGAUAAAGAAUAUGGAAGCGAGUAAUAAAACCAUCAUAUGCUUAGAUAAAUCUGAUGAUGAAACUAAAAAUCAGUCUCUAAAAAAUGUUGAGUGUGAGAUUGGACCAUCUGUGCAUGGCGCCUGAAAUAUGGCUUACGUUUUGAUAUAUCAUGAAUUUGUGGUUCUGAUCGCAUGAUAUAUACCACUCUAUCCGGUGGUACAUUUUAUCUUACCAUUGAGUAUAAGCAACAAUAUAUUACUUUGUUACUGGCGGGAAGAAACCUGUAUUUUAAGGGUUAAAGGAGUGGAAUGUAUGGAACAUUUGAAAUAGCAGUGUCAAAUGAAAGGUACAUGCUACGAGAUGUCACUGUUAUAUAUUGCAGAGGACUAUAUGUUUCUCAGUCCAGAUACGAACGUUGGGCAAACUAGGAUGAGACCUGAUGCUCUAAGAGAUUCGUUCGAGAGUCUAUACAAGUGCUAAGGAAAAAAGUACAGGGAUAUCAAACGUGCUAUUGGAAUCUUCACAGUUCAUAUUUCUGAGGCAGUACGUAUCCAAUGUGUCUACAAGGCCGUGUGCAGAUCAUUUUUGACUUCUGACCAGCCUACAUUAGUUGCCACAAUCGAAAACUCAUUCGGGAAUAUGAGUAUUGUGGUAAAAAGAAUAUGAAAGAUAUAAAAAACAGACUUGUAAGGUUAGCUUCUUCAUGUGUAGAAGAUCUUGAAGGUGCUAACGUAAGAACAUCAAUAUUAGUUUUUAGAGAGAUCAAGAUCAUUCUACGAGAUGUUUGUACUAAAGAUGUUGAUGAGGAGAAGCCUCCAAUGGUUGAGAAUCUAGACGACUAUUAUAAUAGAAUGAAAUUCUCUGAAGUGUUUAAAGCAGGAAGCAAGCGAUAAAAAAAAAGACAAGGGAGAAUGGGUCAAUGUAACAAAUUAUAUGAAUUUGCAGAGAGGGGAGGAGAUGAAGACCCUCAUCUUUUUUUACUUACCUAUCAGAUGAUUGAUAUCCUGAAGUAGAUAAAGAAGGCAAAGAAAUCGAAAAAGAUGAAAAAAUUAAGGAGCAAACAGAUAAUAAAGAAGAAAAAGAAGCAGACCCAGUGGAGGAAGAGACUAAAGAGGAAGUAGAGGGUGACGAGGAUGAUGCGGAUAGAGCACAUGCACACGAUGAAGUUUCAGAAAGUUUACUGAGAAGAUGAAAGAUCAGUUGAGUGUUCAGAGAAUCCGGAGCUCUAUGAAUGUUGUUUCAUUGGAGCGAAAGAUGGUCACAAAAGAUAUUCUCUUAUCUAUGAGAGUCAGAACUAACUCAAUCAAAAGUGAGGUGCUGCCCCAAAAGUCAACACUUACCCAGAGGCCAUUAAGGGUCCUUCCUCAACCAAAUUUAGUAAGGGCAAGCGAGUUUGUUACUAGAAUUUUGCGCUUCGUUUAAGUAUAUUGAAGUCUACAAUAUCUGGACAAGUCUAAGAUUUGAGACAACCGUGAGUUCUUGAAAAAUAAAUUCGAAAUGAUUUUUAUUUUACUACUGUAUACGAUGGUUAGAUUGAUGUUGGUAACUGACUAACUGUUAUGAAUACUGCGAUAUAUAUUUCUAUGUGCUACUGAUCUUAUGAUAUGUUUUGUGUUUAUCUUUCGGCUGUGCAUGAGCUAUAGGUACCCCUCCUUGGAGAACAUAGGGCUUUUGCUGAUGGUGAUGCUGUAUUCUGGGAUAAGGAAUAUGCUCAUGCAUUGAAAUGUUACACUCUAGUACGUCCUUGGUUAUCUCCUAAUAUUUAACCUGCAUUUAUAGUUACCAGUUUAGCACUUCAGAAUAUAUCUAUUGUCAAGCCGCUGCAUGUCGAGAAUUCUGAUGAAUUUGAUAACUAGUGCUGGUUUUACCUUACUAUAAGGCCUUGUUCGUUUCCGUCGGAUUGCACCCGGAAUCGUUCCAACUAAUCAAAAUUUAUAUAAAUUAGAGAAGCAAUCCGGUCAGGAAUCGUUCCGACCCACCAAUCCAGCCGAAACGAACAAGCCCUAAUGAUUUUCCUUAUCUUUAACAAUGUGCACUCAUACAUUAGUGUUCAAAAAGAAGCACAUAAAAGUUUCUUCAAACAUGCUAUGAAAUUUGGUAUCUUAUUGUUAAACCUUGCUUUACCUGCUAGUGUUUAUGCGCAAAAUUAGAACUUACUGCCUAAUGUUUAUGAUUUUAAGAUUAUAAUAUUUUUGUCAAUAUGUGCCAAAAUAAGGUAACGUUCAUCCUGAAUCAGCGAUUGUCUAAGCCUGCAGAAGUGUUAGUAGGAACCGUGCUGGGGCUGUAUGAGGACAUCAGAUACAAGUCUGAGUAAAAAAAAGUGCACCUGAAACAGGUUGAUAUUAUUGGACUGGGUUCUGGGGGUUGAUAUUAUUGGACUGGGUUCUGGUACCGAGGUGGACCAGAAACUUAAGUAUGCUAAUGAUCUUUCCUCGGGUGUGAUACUCGGAAGAGAGCUUGUGAAAUAAGUGCAUGCACCGCUGGUGCCCAGGUAAGGGGUCAGCGCCUUUUGUUUUCUGCCACCUCACAUACGUUUCAGUAGUUUUGAUUGGGUAAUCAUCUGUAUAGACUUCACCUUGUGAUUCAUCCUGAUAUGUAAUAACGAAUUUUGCACGUAAAGACACAUAGGUUUGUCAGGAUGCAUGCUUGUUAGCUGUUUGCUUAUAUGAUCCUGAAAGCCCUUAAGAGGCUUUAUUUAUGGUUAAAAGCUCGAACAAUUAAGGAUGUCAGUGCUGGUUCUGAUCUCUUCGAGGUAGAACCAACAAAGUGGUUUCCUGAUAGAGCUGCCUCUUGUAUGCUUUGCACAAUACUUUUUCGUCUAAAAUUUUUGCACUUGCCAUCAUUGCUAAUUUUGUGGUUAUUUUCAAAGGGUAGAAGUUUGAUGCCUACUGGUAAGAUACUUUACAUCUACUGAUUUAUGAGCCGUAGACCGGACAGGAGAUGAAGAUGAUGCCUUACAUGAAUGCCAAGGCACCGAACGGUGAAGCCUGGGUGGCCAUCAUUACUCACCUAUUGAUGCAUUUGUUCUCACUAAGACGUAGGAAUUCUUUGGACUAUGUAUUUAGCUCAGAAAUUUCUGUUUCUGUAUGUUGUACCUCUUAUACUAACUCAUAAUUCUUUACCUUACAAUAUUCAGAUGACUAUAUAUAACAUUUGAUACAAAAACAUAAUUCUAUACCUUA